UCGGGUUCUCUCCAGGGUCCACAGACCCCUCAGUCUACAGGGAGCAAUUCUAUGACAGAAGUGCCAAGUGACCUCAAGCCUCCAACACCAGCGUCCACACCUCAUGGACAGAUGACACCUACACAGAGCAGCAGAAAUAGUUCAGUCAGUGUACAUGAUCCCUUUUCGGAUAUAAGUGAUUCCACAUACCCAAAGCGGAACUCUAUGACUCCAAAUGCACCCUAUCAGCAAUCAAUGAAUAUGCCAGAUAUGAUGGGAAGGAUGCCCUAUGAGCCAAACAAGGAUCCUUUUGGUGGGAUGAGAAAAGUGCCUGGAAAUAGUGAACCCUUCAUGGCCCCUGGACAAAUGCCCAACAGUGGCAUGCAGGAUAUGUACAGCCAGAGUCCCGCUGGAACCAUUUCCAACAUGGGCAUAGGCCAACGCCAACAGUUUCCCUAUGGAAGUGGUUAUGACCGGAGGUUGGAUCAUGGGCUGGGUCCUGAAGGCAGUAUGGGAGCACCUGGUCAAAGCAACAUGGUGCCUUCAAACAGUGACCCAAGCAUGUACUCUCCUAACUGUUAUCCUGGGCAACAAAGGCAUGAACCGUAUGGACCGCAGUAUCCAAUGCAAGCUCCUCCUUCUGGACAACCCACCUAUGGAGGACACCAAUCUGGAAUGUUUCCACAGCAGCAGAACUACAAACGUCAUAUGGAUGGCAUGUAUGGGCCUCCAGCAAAACGACAUGAUGGAGAUAUGUUUAACAUGCAAUAUAGCAACCAACAGCAGGAGAUGUUUAACCAGUACAGCAGUGCUUACUCUGGACCAGACAGGAGACCCAUCCAGGGACAGUAUCCAUAUCCUUAUAACAGAGAGAGGAUGCAGGCUCCUGGACAAAUGCAACAACAUGGAAUACCUCCACAGAUGAUUGGUGGCCCAAUGCAGUCAUCAGCUUCCAGUGAAAGCCCCCAACAAAACAUGUGGCCCACAAGAAAUGAUAUGUCUUACCCAUAUCAGAACAGGCAAGGCCCCGGAGGCCCUGCACAGGCCCCACCUUAUCCAGGGAUGAAUCGUACUGAUGAUAUGAUGGUACCUGACCAGAGAAUAAACCAUGAAAGCCAGUGGCCUUCUCAUGUCAACCAGCGACAGCCUUCUUACAUGUCAUCCUCUGCUUCCAUGCAGCCUAUUACUCGACCUCCUCAGUCAUCCUAUCAGACGCCACCAUCAAUGCCAAACCACAUAUCUCGAGCUCCUAGCCCUGCAUCUUUCCCACGCUCUCAUGAAAAUCGUAUGUCUCCCAGUAAAUCUCCAUUCCUAUCCUCUAUGAAGAUGCCAAAAGUUAUGCCCACUCUUCCAGGCUCGCAGGUCACAGGUCCUCCAACACAACCACUACCAUCUAUUAGGCGGGAAGUCACUUUUCCUCCAGGUUCGGUAGAAGCAUCCCAACCAGUUUUAAAACCAAGGCGAAAGAUUACCUCAAAAGAUAUCGUGAGUCCGGAAGCCUGGCGAGUGAUGAUGUCUCUUAAAUCAGGCCUUCUUGCAGAAAGUACUUGGGCAUUAGAUACUAUUAACAUUCUUCUGUAUGAUGAUAGUACGGUUGCUACUUUCAAUCUCUCACAGUUAUCUGGUUUUCUUGAGCUGUUGGUGGAAUAUUUUAGAAAAUGCCUGAUUGAUAUUUUUGGGAUCCUUAUGGAAUAUGAAGUGGGACAUCCAGGACCAAAACUGCAAGAUCAUAAUUCAUCUCCGAAUGAGGAUGGGCAGUCUGCAACAGAGGAUGUCAAGAAAGAGGAAGAAAACAAUGGUGAAUGUAUUGAUUACUUUGAUGACCUGGAAGAUGAGGAGGAGGAAGAGGAAGAAGAUGAAGCUGAGAGCACAGAGGAAGGAAAGAGCACUCUUGUUGCUCCACCUGGUGCCAUUCUUGAUCCAAGUGAGAGGCCAAAACAAGCCAGUAAGUUUGACAAGUUGCCAAUAAAAAUUGUAAAGAAAAACAACUUAUUUGUUGUUGACCGAUCUGAUAGGUUGGGGCACGUUCAGGAAUUCAACAGUGGGCUUCUUCAUUGGCAACUUGGUGGGGGUGAUACAACUGAACAUAUUCAGACCCACUUUGAGAGUAAGAUGGAGAUUCCUCCUUGCAGGCGGCCAUCUCUAUCAGUCUCCUCAGGUAAAAAGAAGAAUAUAGAGGGGAAAGGAGAAUCUGAGGAACAGCAAGACAAAAGCAUAUCAGCCACUAUUGAUGAUGUCUUGUCAGCUCGUCCAGGAGCAUUGUCUGAAGACCCCGACUCUAAUUCUCAGACAGAUAGUAAUAAAUUUCCAUUUGGGAUCCAUCAAGUGAAAAGUCAUCGAAAUAUCAAACUGCUGGAAGAUGAGCCACGGAGUCGAGAUGAGACUCCUCUAUGUACCAUUACCCAUUGGCAAGAUUCUUUGGCCAAGCGUUGCAUCUGUGUGUCAAAUAUUGUCCGUAGCUUAUCUUUUGUGCCUGGCAAUGAUGUGGAAAUGUCUAAACAUGCAGGCUUGGUGCUAAUCUUGGGAAAGUUGAUUCUUCUUCAUCAUGAGCACCCAGAAAGAAAGCGUACACCACAGACAUAUGAAAAAGAGGAAGAAGUGGACAAAGGGGUGGCCUGCAGCAAGGAUGAGUGGUGGUGGGACUGCCUUGAAGUCUUGAGGGAUAAUACAUUGGUCACACUAGCCAACAUUUCUGGGCAGCUAGACUUAUCUGCUUAUACAGAAAGCAUCUGUUUGCCAAUUUUGGAUGGCUUACUGCACUGGAUGGUGUGCCCCUCGGCAGAGGCACAAGAUCCUUUUCCAACUGUGGGGCCCAACUCAAUCCUUUCGCCUCAGAGACUUGUACUGGAAACCCUGUGUAAACUCAGUAUCCAAGACAAUAAUGUGGACCUUAUAUUGGCCACGCCCCCAUUCAGUCGUCAGGAGAAACUGUAUGCUACUUUAGUUAGGUACGUUGGGGAACGCAAAAAUCCUGUCUGCCGAGAAAUGUCAAUGGCGCUCUUAUCAAACCUCGCCCGAGGGGACACGUUAGUGGCAAGGGCAAUAGCUGUGCAGAAGGGAAGCAUUGGAAACUUGAUAAGCUUCCUUGAGGAUGGGGUCACCAUGGCCCAGUACCAGCAGAGCCAGCAUAACCUUAUGCACAUGCAGCCUCCGCCUUUGGAGCCACCUAGCGUGGACAUGAUGUGCAGGGCAGCCAAGGCCUUGUUGGCCAUGGCCCGGGUAGAGGAAAACCGCUCUGAAUUCCUUUUACAUGAGGGCCGCUUGUUGGAUAUCUCAAUAUCAGCUGUCCUGAACUCUAUGGUUGCAUCUGUCAUCUGUGAUGUACUCUUUCAGAUAGGGCAGUUAUGACACAAGUGAGACGCAAGCAUGUGUGAGUGGAGAUUAAAGGGUCACAUAUAACUGGCUGGUUUCUGUACCUGUUUAUCCAGUGUAGGAAGAAUGGGAAAAAAAGAAGAAGAAAAAGAAGAAUCUUUGCUCCUCUGCCCCAUUCGCUAUUUACCAAUUGGGAAUUUUAAAACAUUAAUUUGAACAGUUAUGGAAUUAAUAUUUGCUGUCUAUGUGUAUAAGUACAUCUUUUUAUUUUAUUUUUUUAACCAAAGUCUCUCUCUAGUACAUUCAAAGAUCGCAUUUCUUUUUCAUAGCUAUCCUUGUCCAUGUUUGUUUUUCCCAUAUUUGAAUCAUAUUUUUCGGGGAGGGGAAGCAACUUUGAAUUGGGGGUGUCAGGAUAUAGCAAAAUAUGAUUUGAUAUUGGGAGAAAGGGGCGUGCCACUGUCAAAUGCAAAAGUGGAGGGGAAAAUGCUGAGUUAAUGUGCUUUUUAUUUUUUAAGAACAAAAGAAAUUCCAACCAUCCUUACUGUCAUUGCCCAAAGCGCUGUGUGCAAUAGAAGAAUGAUAGUGAUGUAGGUGUGGUGGAUGGUCAAGGAAAGACAGUCAGUUCCUUGUCUGCCCACAACAUUUUCUUGGGUUCUCUGUAGGAGAACAGUUACACUAUGCUAGGAGCAAAACCAAUUCUUUAAGAAAGUAAAAACAUAACUCUGAAGACGAUCAACACAAAUUGCUUCCUCACCAGAACUGUCAACAUCAAUAUCUAUUGUUUGACCUUCCCACAAUGACAAUUCAUCACAAUUCCUUUAAAUCAUUUUUUAAAAUAUUUUUUAUUGCCUAAAGGCAGUGUUGUAUAUAGAAGUUGUACAUUAAACAUACCCUCAUCUUUUUUUAAAAAAAAAUAAAACAAGUACAAGGAUUUAUUUUUUUCAUGAUGUGGUAACUACAAAGUGAUGGUAGACUUAAUUUUAUUAUUAUUAUUAUUGUUAUUAUAUUAUUAUUAUAUUAUUAUUUUCUUUGGGCCAUAACUCCAAAAACUAAGAAAAAAACACCACGAGGGUAAUGUACAAGUUUCUGUAUGUAUAAAGUCAUGCUCUAUUUCGGGAGAGCAAUUGCUCACAACUUACUUUAUAAAUCAAGAUGUGGAAAUGGUUACGUACGGAUUGAUUUAAGAAAAUGGUUACCAGUCUACAGAAAAAAAUACAUAUAUGGGGAAAAAAAGAAAACACAACUUCAAAGAUUUUUCAGUGCAAAGAAUACACAUUUGUAUUUCAAAAUAAUGUAGUUUAAAAAAUACAAAAAAACUUGAUGUAAAUUCCUCCUUUUCCUCUGGCUUAAUGAAUAUCAUUUAUUCAGUAUAAAAUUUAUAUGUUCCACAUGUUAAGAAUAAAUGUACAUUAAAUCUUGUUAAGCACU